UUAGGCAUAAUUUUUGGAAAUUUCUUUUUUCAUGCCAAAGUGAUGUCUAUAUAUCCAUUUUCCAUCAUGGGAAUUUUGGUGCCCAUCUGAAAUGUAUAUGUGCCAUAAAUAAGCAUACAUUGUGCACAUGUCACAAAAUGGCUGGUAUCAAUGACACUAAGGAUUCCAAGACCUUCCGAAACUCCAAGAAAACAUGGGACACCAAGUGGAGACAAAGCUUAGCAGGUGUGAAAGCAAUACAAGAAGAAUGAGAACUUGUGUUCUAAUUUAAGAAGCUCCAAGAAAUAAUAGAUCUACAUUUGAAAAUUUUCAUCCUGACUCAUGUCAUUUUAUCACGCAAUACGAAUUUUCGUAUCAUUCAUCAUGAUGUUGUGACUAUAUUUUUCGCUGGGUUGGGGAACGUCGCAUCUUACCAAGCCAGUCCGUUAUACUCUCUCCAAUCACCUAUGCCAGGAUGAAUUAAUCCUUUCAUGUAGCUCGUAGUGCUGUGCCAGAGAUCUCCUACAUAUAGGUCCAGUAGACUGCACAUCGCUAACAAGCGGCACUGGUUCUGUGUCCGUCCUAGUCCAGGUCAUUCUCCUUCCCUGCCAAGGAUACUGGUAGAAGGCGCCACGGGACAAUAUGCUAGCAGGCCAAGGACCUACUGACCAGUGUCCGACAGCCACUGGAUAAGAUGCUUCCUAAACUUGACCAGCUCAAAACCCAUCUGAAGAACUCUUCGAAGCAGUUGUCGCAGGAGCUUGAGGUGAAGGAAAAACAGCACAGUGCGGACAAGAAGCGCUAUGAUGAUCUGUGUAAAGAAUGGCAAAAGCUAGAAGACAAACUCAUAGCAGCUAGGGGCGGCACAAGUAGCAAUCCACAAGUUCUCUUCAAGGCUGAGGCUGCCCACACUGCUGCAGAGAGUGCCAUGAUGCAACAAGAAAACAAGUAUCGCAACUCGGUGACUGACCUAUCGCAAGCUCAGCUGGUUUUUGAGCGUCAAGCCGCGGAGUUGAUGCGGCAAACCGAAGACCAAGAAAUCGACCGUGUGAAGCUGAUGAAAGGAUCAUUCCAGCAACUUGCCAAGAGUAUGUCCAACACUGCGCCCACUUACCUAGGGGGCAUGCAGCGGAUGCUUAUCUUUGCCGAUGCAGUGGAUGCUCGGCAGGAUGUGGAAACCUUUGUGCACACGCACAGCGUUCUAAAGCAGCACUUAGCUCGUCCCCGGUUCCAACCUCACCCUAAACGAGCAACGGCCUUUGCUGACUACACAAGACCAGGUUCUGCUCAGUUUGAUCCUGAUCAAGCGUCACCGACUAAGGGAGUUGGCUCACCGUCCAGCACUGGAUCGGCAUCGUCCUCCAAAGAGAGCUUUGUCACCUCAAUGGAAGGCAAGACCAGUGACCAGAAGCUAGGCUUGGCCGGUCGUCCAGAUCUCGAUAACGACGAGCCAGUUGCUCUACCCGAAGGCCUGUCACAGCACGAAGAAGGACUAUUGAGGCGACUCCUGGAGCUGAGUCGGGCAAAUGACUUCUACGGGUUGAUCGGGGCAGCACCCAGUGCUUCAAAAUCUGAACUUGCCAAGGCACGUCGGCAGAAAACGCUGCAUCUUCACCCGGAUCAUUUUGCUGGAGACGCCGAGUCCAAGAAAAGUGCGUCAGAAGCGCUCAGUCUGCUUAAUCAGGUGUACACGGAUUUGCUGACCAAAGAUGCCGUUCGUUCGCAGUACGACCAGCUGUGCGCGAUACGACUGGGCUAUCCACGCCUGUCCUUGCUGGAUGCUGAGGGACUUGCGGGUAACGAGCGGCGUCUAACGGAGCUCAAGAACGGCUUGCGCAAGGCACGGGCACCCGCUGUCCUUAUCGUGGAGCUGGAGCAGGCGCUAAUGGUCGUCAGUCACUUUCGGACAGCGCGACAUUCUGCUCAGCAACCCCCUGCUUCUCGCGAUGCUGCGAGGGCUGACGCCAGUGCAGAGGAGCCUGAAAGUGCUCCAGAAUCCUCUGAUGCCACUGUGGAUAGGCCCGUGGCAGCAGCAACAGAAGCAGCAGCAGCGGAAACACAAGAAAUGCCUACAACAUCAGCAGCCGCGGCGGCAGCAGAUGUGUCAUUUGACCAAGAUAACAGCGCUUCAGCCAUACUAGAUGCUAUCGAUGCGGCCGUGUCAGUCAGGGUUGAGCCAGGCGAGCAAAGCGCAACGUAGCCGGCCCGCUGCGAACUAGCACCCGUUUGACAUUAGAGAUGGGUGUAGAACAGUCAGCAUGCCACGUGCUGUGCAGCGUGUAGGUUUGUGGUAGUAUUUUUGAUUGUGGAGGUGAGUAUGACUAAUAGCACAGCUCCUACGCAUUCUAUGUGUGCGAGUGCGGGUGCGUGGGUGUGUGACCCCAGUGGCAACACUAUCUCCGGGUGCCUUCAUCCUUGUCUGUAGAUGGUGUGUGCAUGUGUUUCAUCCUUGUCUGUGUAUGGUGUAUGUGUGCCGUGUUACUGUGAUUAAUGAAGGACUUUCCGGUAGCACUCUUGAUGUAUUGCUUAUACCUCCCCCCCCCCCUCCCCAUUGAUAUACUACGUUUACGAUCUUCAAUCUUGGUUGAUCCAGGGCUAAACGCCCCUCUGGAUUUGUAGUUGUCUCACCCAUGGAUGUUUUUAUUGACGUUCAACUGCAGCGUUUCUUGAUAACUCCGACUAACUGCCAUUGGGCACUAGUGUACUGAAUUUCUCCUUCGGCUGUAUUUUGGGCUAUUUCAGCUUGGCUAAGUCUUGAAGAAUGCUUCUAGAUAGGCACCUUUUCUCUGGGGAAUCAUUAUUUUUUAUCAAAAUUAUUUAAAAAUUCUAAUCCUAUUUCUGUCCAUUGCUAUGAUCUCCUAACCGUUUCAGUCACUAAAAGCGUACGAUUUUUCUCGUGGAACUCAUUAGACAUGCUCCCUUAUUUGAAGUUAUAUCAUACAGCUAUGUCCAAACGUUGUUUAUUAGAUAAUUUUGUUGACUAUUGAAACAAUGUUGAUUUCUUGUACCUUUUAUUUGAAAGUCUCAGCAUCCCCUGCUCACAGCAUACAAGUAUUUACUAUACUAAGCGCAUAUUGAAGUAUUAUUUUCAUAAAUGAAUGUCAUGAAACACUACAAUCAUGGCUUAGGCGUAAAGAAAUCCGAAGUGCAUGCUUCUCUAUUUGAAGAAAAAACUGAAAUCCGUGCCCAUAUCGUUUUCAUUACUCGCUAUUUGAUUAUCUAGAUAUCCUGUAAGGCCUAAGGUUAUUCGCAGGUUUGCUGUAUGCACGAACCCAGUGUACAUGCUACAUGCUUAUAAUCUAUGCUGUGCACCGUUUGUUUGCACCAGCGAACUAGCUUGAUUAUUGCCGUACGUGCUCGUGAAUUUUGAAUUGAACAGCUCAUCUUGUGAGUAUGGAAGUUGUGAUGGUAUUAUCCCCAAA